UUCCAUAUUAGGCCUGGAAUAGCCUCGUCUUCACCUCUUUCGGGAAUGGGCGAUGGCCCUGUCGACACUAUCGCUGUCCGGCUCCUCCGUGGCGCAAGGGUCCAAACUCCAAAGCUAUUAGAUUGGUUCGCCAGGCAUCACCUCUAGGAUAUAAAACUCGGAAUCUCCGGUUUCAGAGGGUGGGAAAGGUCAACUUCACACCAACCACGAGUUGUGCUAUUUGCUAUCUUGCCAUGGCUGCCCUCUCCCGCCUCAAUGGACAGAUCUCCACCUUUCUCGCUGUUGGCUUUCUAGCCUCGUGGGCCUUCACUUCGUUGAGUUUGACCACCAUCAAUGUCCUCAAUACCGAAUCGACAUUCACCGCGCAGGCCGCCUCCAUCAGCUUGCUCACCUUCCUCGUCUGCCGAUUGCUGGUCCGCCUUCAGCCUGUCGCCCCCACCGAGGAAAGAACCAUCGCGCAUCUCCUUGCAACAGCAGACAAUGGUUCUCGACGGGGCGCGCUCAUUUUCAUCUCUUUCUGCAGAACAUGGCUGUACGAGCUGCUGACCAAAGGACUCCUCCUGCUUCUGCUGACCUUCUUUGGCGGCGUCAUGGCGACCGUGAUUUACAACGACCCCAACUUCUCGGAAAACUGGCAGACUGAGCCGGUAUCCGAUCAGCCCCAGACGACGACGGCCCUGGCUGAGAUUAAUGACUUCAAGGAAAAGGCUGGCUUUGAUCCGACACAACUAUUUCGUUGGAUCCCACCUCAGGCAGUCGUCUACUUUAUCGCCCUAGUGUGGUUUAACUUCAUCAGUCUGGGGCUGUACAUUCUCGGCCAUGCGCUGAAGGCGUUUUGUAGGAUCUUGGGAUUUACUGUUACGCGAACCACCAGUAAAGACGCCCACACGGUGAAAGGGCGCUCCUGAGAAUGCUUGGAUGGAAUGCCAGAUUAGGGGAGACUCCGUGCAUAACAGACUCGUCCCGAAUGUCAAGAAUGGUUUCCUCGACCACAUUUUACUACUUGCAAUGCAACUCCGUUGUGAUCCCAGCGAUAUCUAAUAUCGGAC